AUGCCUGUUCGCGUUCGCAGCACUUUCGAAUUGGCCAACCCAAUCAGGGAACUUCCACCAGAUCCGGAUGCCGUCGCGAUCUCGCCAAACACUAGACGUGAAAGAGAGAAGGCGAUGGAUGAUUUGUUGAAAAAUGCAAAGUGUGAGGAAGGAACUUCGAUGGAUUCGAUCGCAACUUACAUUCCAUCGAAGGCAACACUCAAGAGAAGAGAAGAGGAGGCUGCUCGCGCUCAAGCUGCUGCUGAACAGGCAGAUGGGAAAGCUAUAUCUGCAAGAAAACAGACGAAGAUCGCUGAGCUUGAAGCGAAGAUUGUCAAUUUAAAACGUGAUUCGUUUGAUGAGAACAUGAUUGAAGGAAAGGCAAUCGAGAAGCUUUCUAUUACUCGUCCAACUUCUGUCUUCGCUCAAGGAGAGGAUGGCUCUCAGCCAUCUGCUCCAGCAGGACCGCCACUGCAGAAUCGGGCAUCACUGUCUUCAUCGGAUAGCAUAACUAUCGUGUCGUCACCAACAAUUGGUGCUUUGGUUGCUGCUCCACCAGCAAUGGGAGCAUUGAUGGGAGCUCCACCAGGUGUUGGAGCCAUGGUCGUCGCUGCUCUUCAGCCAGCUCAGGGAUCAUUAAUGAGCUCUGGAGAUGUUGAUGACAUCUCGCUUAGUGAGGAUUUCCAAAUUGUUCAUGAUGAGUUAAAGCAAGCGGAGGCCGUGGACAAGUCUACCAAGAAACGACAUUGA